AGGAAUCAGAGAGUCAGACAGAGGCCAGGAGCAGAAGCCAAGGAAAGAAGCCAAGCAGAAGAGCAAGACAAAACAAGAGGACCUUGAUGCUUGAGGCAAGGCCCCCCUCAGCCAGGAAGCCUUUUAUACUUCCUGCUGCAGGGAGGGGCCCAAUGGGUGGUUUCCUGGGUGGGGCUUGUUCAGGGCUGCAAGAACCUCGGAUUCUUUCUGUUUGCAAUGUACAGGCCUGUACUGUACAAUGACUGACCACCAAUUUCGACACAGGCCACCAGCCAUAUAUUGUGGUCCGUGAUGCCACAAGAGGCAGUGAGGUGCAGGACUGCAGAGCAGGCCAUCAGUUCCAUGAUGUACUGAUUCUGCUGAGCUAUAGAGAUCACGACAAUUUUCCCCAUUACACAGAGGCAACAGACCUGCUAACCAAGAAUCAUGUCGGUGAAACUAACCUUUGUCUCUCCAGCUGAUGGGGGAAGGAUCAGCAGGAGCUGCUCCUUUGCUGGAUUCAGCAGCAGCACACACAGCCGAAAGUUAUCAAAGUCUCUCGGCAAAGGUUCCACAAGAUCAAAAAUGUCAGUGAAAUCUGCCAAGAUGUAUCCCUCCCUCCAGAAGGGGGCGAACCUCUGGGAUCCCAAGCCACAGCAAGUGAAGAAAGUGUUUGAAGCUUUGAAGAAAGGGCUUAACGAAUACUUGGAAAUGCAUCAGGCGGAGUUGGAUUAUCUGUCAGAAUGCCACAAAGAUACAAGAAGGAACUCUAGGCUGGCUUUCUACUAUGAUUUGGAUAAGCAAAUCCGCUGUGUUGAAAGAUACAUCAGAAAGCUGGAAUUUCAUAUAAGCAAGGUAGAAGAACUGUAUGAAGCUUACAGCAUCCAGUGCAGACUACGAGAUGGUGCUUCAAAUAUGAAACAUGCUUUUUCCUUGUCCCCUUCAACUAAAGCAUCCAGAGAGAGCCUGGUAGAACUCUAUAAGAACCUGCAGGAAUGUACAGAGGAUAUGUGUCUGAUUGAAGGCACACUUGAAGUGCAUUUAGGAGAAUUUCACUUGAAGAUGAAAGGGUUGGUGGGUUAUGCACGUCUCUGUCCAGGAGACCAGUAUGAGGUAUUUAUACGGCUGGGGCGCCAGAAGUGGAAACUGAGGGGGAAGAUUCUGACGGAUGACAGUCAAACGUGGGAUGAGGAGGAGAAAAUUUUUAUACCCAAUCUGCAUGAGAAGUUUGAAAUCAAGGUUACAGAACUGCGGGGGCUGAGCACCCUUUUGGUUGGCAUGGUGACAUGUGAUAGCAUAGACUUCUUCAUGACAAGGCCUCAAACUAUCAUUGUGGAUAUAACUGAACUAGGUACCAUCAAACUGCAACUGGAAGUCCUCUGGAACCCCUUUGACAGAGAUAACCUAAUUCUUUCUCCUGGAUCCACGACCAAGUUUUCAAUGGGGAGCAGAAAAAGCUCCAUAUAUAGCUGGACUCCUCCAAGCACUCCUAGCUUCCGAGAUAAAUAUUACCUCUCCGUUUUUCAGCAAGGCAAAAAGCAAACACAUAUCGGGGAUGAGGCCCAGGAUCCUUGCAUACUGAGCUACUUGGCCUCGUGCGAUUUUAACAUGCGUCUGAGGAGUACAAGCCACAGCCUCACUGAGAUGACUGAAGGCAGCUCAUUCAGUUCUGAGGAUCAGAAAGGGGCAGAAAGCAGAAAUGUGACUCCGCCUUCAAUUCAAAGGGUGCUGCCUUUGGCUAUCCUACAGGAUACUUGUGUGGAAAGAGAGCAGCAGGACAUUUUGUUGCGCCAGCCUCUCAGCCGCAGGACUCUUGACAUCCUACAAGAGACGCCUCAUGCUGUCACGGCUUUGACUGUUCCAUCAUGUCCAUUGGAUCAAGGAAAAGGUGAGGGCAAAUGUAUCAUCCAGGACUGGAGUCAGCCAUCACUGCAACAAGGAAAAGUCCUCUCUGCUGGUCAAAGAGAUUUGAAAGAUGAGAUUGAAGCCAAACCAGCUGGAAGCACUAGAUCGGUUCAGAAAACACUGCAGGAAGUGUUACAUUUUCUGAAACUGCAGCAUCCAGGUCCUGCUCAACUGGAGGAAUUGGAAUACCAGGUUUUCUGUAUCAGGGGCAAAUUAAAGCCAAAAAAAUACUAUCCAAAACACUCCUCUGUGGAGAGCUUGAUGGUUGAGACUGUGCUGGAAAGUUUUGACUUCCUCAAUGCAGACUGCAGUGCUGAUGAACUGUCAUCCUUUGGGAGUCUGAGGACCCGCAGUAUCAGCACCAGCACCUGCAAUGAUGGCACAUUUCAGUCCCUGGGCUAUGAUACCAAAGCAGAAAAGGAAGAGUUAACCACAGGCAGUGAUGACCUAGAUACAAUUCUGGAAGUUCACCUGCAGUUCUGCAAAGCUCUUUUACAGAAACUUCUCACACCAAACUUGGCUCCGAUUGUCCAGGAGAGCCUUUUGGAAGAGGUCUCACGUCAGAAACAUGUUCUGGAGAUAAUCUCUGCUCUGGCUGCUCCUGUGCCACGGAACUUGACUUCUGUUGAAGAGAUUAUUCAUAAAGCUAAAAAGCAGAAGCACUGCUUGAAGAUCUGGAGUGAGUGCACUGAACAGGGAAGCAUUUUAUUCUGUCCGAUAGAGAGAUUUUGGAACCCUUUGAAAUAUAUAUUGAUGUUUAAAACCAAAGAGAAGUAUCAAGGACACCUGGAAAAAGUUUUGCAGAUGUUCCUGGAGCAGAUAGUUGGCGGUAGCAUACUCUUUUCCUCGGCAAACCUCCCAAUUGAAUCGGUGACGUUAUUCCAGUUUUACAGCUACCUGGAGAAGCAGCACGUGAGCAACUUGGAAAAAUAUUUGGCCAGAUUCGCCAAAGAAGUGAUGCUGACAGAGGACCUGCAGCAUCCCGGGAGGAUGAAGAAAAUUAAGAAGCUGAAAGGCCAGCGACUGAACCAGCUACAGCCCCUGCCACAGACUCUGCAGCUCCUUGCACUUCUGCAACUCGAUGAAAACCACCGUGUAGGCAAAGCAGCCACAUCAUGCCUUUCUCGUGCAGCAGCCAAUCGGAAAUUCAGGGAAAAGGCUCUUCUUUUUUACACAGAUUUCUUAAGUAAUGAGGAUGCAAAAUUACAGCAAGCCGCAUGUCUGGCCCUCAAAAACCUCAGAGGCAUCGAAAGUAUAGAGCAAAUUGCCAGAUUGUGUCUCUCAGAAACAGAAGAAGUGCGGAAUGCUGCCCGAGAAACGACUCUCUCGUUUGGUGAAAAAGGCAGACUGGCCUUUGAGAAAAUGGACAAAAUUUGUUGUGAACUGCGGGAUACUAUGUAUCAAGAAGCUGAAAUUGAAAUUACAGUAUUUUAACCAGUAUCUCCUGGAGGGCCAGCUAUUUUGCUCCGCCUACACUUCCUUUUAUUAGCACACAAAAGGCUGCAGAGUGCAGAAGAGAGCUUAUGAAGUAUAAAGCGGUCUGAACUGAGCUUUAAGAUCAACAAACAUUAAGCCUGCUCUAUAUCUGGAUUAAUAAGGUAUAGGCAAAUCAUGCACUGGGGUGCUGUGAAAUAUGGUCUCAGAUUCGCCACAUGAGGAAAAGAGACCAGAGCAGCUUCUUUUAAGACUGACAAGAGAUUCACAAGAAGUUCAAGCCGAGGGAGGGGGUGGGUGGGAAACACCACUCAGGGAGUGUGGCGAGAUGCACCAGUGCAGCAAGAACGCAACCUAACAGAACUUUCCAACUAACUGCAGUGGGGGGCUGGGGUGGCAAUUUUCAACACCCUCCCCUCCCCCAGGAAGCCCUCUGUGCCACCCGAAAGUAUCUGAGGGCUGUGCAGCAAUAAAAGACCCAUUUUAGGGUGGCGUAGGGGCUCUCUGGGGAUAGGGAGGGUGUUGAAAAUUGCCACUUCCCCAGUUCACAGACGCAGUUGGAAAGCCCCGUUAGACUUUCUCUUGCUGCAUCUGUGCAUCCUUGCUCUGAAUGGCAGCCAAUGCCACUAAAGGAGAGAGAGGCAGUAUGGUGUAGUGGAUGGAGCAACUGACUUGGACUGGGCAGGUCCAGCUCCCUAUUCAAACUUGAGCCAGUCAUGUAUAUUGUAGCCUAAUGAACCUCACAGGGCUGUAAAGAUUUAAAAAAAGCAGGGGGAAGCACUACCUAUGACACCCUGAGAUCCCUGGAGGAAAUGUGUAAAAAGAAAUGUAGUAACAAUUAAAAUGCAAAGGAGGCAUCAUAAUUUUUACAUUUAUUCAUUCAAGCAUGUGGACUAAGACUUUCAAACACAGAUUUCUAAAGUUAUUCGCUUGAGUGGCUGGCACACUGCACAGCCUCCCACGUGCAUUUAUCGCAACACAGGCGCUGCUGCGUCUUCCUAAUGCAAGUUGCAAAAGGACAACUUGUGCAAACACAGAAAGUGCGCAAGGAGACGGCCUCUGGAAAUAAUGGGCAUGCAGUUGUCCAAGUCUUUGGCAUUUGCACAAGCGUGUGCAUUCGCAUUAGCCAUUAGGAAGGGGAAGCUGUGCCCACAUUACGCGGAAUGCAUGGGGGAGGCUGUGUGGUAUGUUAGCCGCUAAAUGCCCUUGAAAUCUCCUCCCAGUUGCCUUGUUGUGGUUACUGGAGAAAACAAAUAUGAAGACAUUGGUGUCUUAGGCAAAGAAAAAGUAAAACAUGGGGCCACUUCUGACUUCAUGUCCUACUAUGCAAAGUUAAACCCACAUUCCAUUAUCUACCAACAGUAAUGAUAGAAAUUGAGAAACUUUGCUCUUCCGUUGAGAACCCAAUCUUGGGUUUUAGAGUAGUUUAGAUCAUAGCCAGGAACUACUCCUGCAGCUGCAAUCUUUAACAUGAGGUUACCCAUAGAACUCAGUGAGACUUCAGAGAAAACAUGGUUAGUUUAGGGCAGGCAUCCCCAAACUGUGGCCCUCCAGACGUUGCUGAACUACAACUUCCAGCAUACCCAGCCACAAAAAAUUGUGUCUAGGGAUGCUGGGAGUUGUAGUUCAGCAACAUCUGGAGGGCCGCAGUUUGGGGAUGCCUGGUUUAGGGCUAUGAAGCCUACUUUGUGCCUACUGUGGCCAACAAUGGCAGAAACAACUUUGAGUGCACGAGAUGCUUUUUGCAUUGAUGAUAGUGGGAAACACUCCGUGUGUGUGUGUGUGCGCGUGUGUAUAGAGGCUCCUAUCAGGGCCCUUGGUUUUUAAUGUACAUAUUUGAUACAGUAUAUUGCGCUUUAUACUUUCUGGUAUUUAUUGCUGGGGUUGGUUUACAUUUUUUAAAAAGAAGUUUAUUAAAGUGUUAACUGUAA